AUUGAAUCAAUUCAGUCUGGUUCAGAUCGCCGGGAGAGAAGAAUCGCCACUAUGGAGUACAAAACGCAGUACGAUAUGGAAGGAAACGUGAUUCCUGCCAGAAGGAGAUGUUGUUCGUUGAGUACGAGUGUCGUUUGGCUUUUGCUGGUUGCGGCGCUGUGUGGUGGAUUUGCGGGGGCAUUUCUCUAUCAUCAGCUCUCAGAUCGUGCAAUUGCUCAAGUAAGCGACGCAAAGUGUCCCGAUCAGGACAGGGCAGAUAUCAAAUUGGCCUUUGCGAAGAAAGCAACUGGUGACUAUUUGGUGGUGUUCAAAUUUGAUAGCAUAAUGUUCUACCCGGAAGUGCAAAGCUUGGAUGAGUUCGGCAGUUGCAUGCCGGCGGAGAACAGAAAAACGUUGCAAGCUGUUCCCCCUGGUAUCGUGUUCAUCGUACGUUUACACUACAACGGCGAAGGUCAAUGCGUUUUUGACUGCCUAAGGCAGAUUGAUGUGUUUGGCGACCACAAUUCGGAAGAAGACGUUCAGCUCCUUGAAGCUUUGACUGAUCAUGGAAUUGAUGAGUCUUUAGAUUCAUACAUCUAGUGAGAGUGUAGGAUGAUGUUUUUAAUGUCUGCAAUUUGUGCUCACGAUACAGCUUUUGUAGUAUUAGACAUAGGAAUAACUUGUGAAUCAUAACGUAGUAUAGUAUUUAUUUGAAAAUUCUAUAUAGUGGAAAUAUAAAACGACAUCUUAACA